UGGAGCCGUUAGCAGGGCGAACCCUUCCCCCCUUUCCGCAGAAUCACUGAGUGGUUUGACGAUGUUGUUCACCAGUCCCAGUGCUUUAUUUUUCCUAAGAAGCGGGUUAAUUUCUUACCUACUGCAGUAAUGGGAGCAUUUUCAGUGUUCUCCCAGAAAUUAUCAUGUUUCAACACGCAGCAGUGACUGCAAUGCAAUUUAGUUCUAUGAAAGCAGUGGAACUGGAUAGCUCCAGAAUCCAGUUCUUUCGUGGGUCUGGAAUAUUCCAAUUUUGUUGAAGUUGUGACAAAAUGCAAGGGAGGUGUAAAGAGAUGCUUUACAUCUUUCGUCUUCAUUUAAAAAUGUAUGACGUUCAAGAGAAGACGGUAUGUGCUGAAAAUGUAUGUAGAACAAACUCAAUUCAUUUCCAUUUCCCCAAGGAUUUGUCUGGACCUGUGAAAACAGCCUGCAUUUGAUAUAAUUCUGAUAACUGUUCAGAACUUUAUGCUCAGGAGAGAGUUUUUACUUUCAACACGGUUGAAAUCAAGGUUCAGCCAUCUGUCAAAGUGAAGAAUGGUGCUCCUAUGUCAAUCAUCUGCCGUGCUGAUAUUAGCAGAAAAAACGAUUUCCAGCUGAGGCAUAAUUUUACAAUUUUUAAGGAUCGCAAGCUUGUGUUCACGAUUGCAUCAGAUAAAGGAGAGGCACAAUAUGGAAUACCCGUAGCUAGAUCUUCAGAAACAGGAGAGUACGAGUGUACUGUGGAAGCAGGUGGGAAGACAAAAUCUAGUAACUCUUUACACGUUUGGGUGACAGGAAUGACCAAGCCAAUACUGACUGCUGAGAAAAAAGAAGUUUUAGAGGGUGAAGUUGUGAAAUUACGUUGUGAACUGCCAGAGGAAGUACCUCCUUUAUAUUUCUUUUUCCGGAAGAUAAAGAUGAAUUCGACACCUAAAGAAAAACAUGUAUUUGAACUACAUAGAAACUUUCACACUGUGGAAUUUUCUGUUGAAGAAGGGGAUAACAUUUUACAUUUUGAUUGCUUUGCUAGGAGAUAUGUAAACUUUGAACUUGAAACCUCGGAACCCAGUAACAGAACACUUGUUACAGUCAAGGAACCAUUUAUAAAGCCUACUCUGAAUGCCAAGCCCUCAAAUAAUAUUACAGAAGGAGACAGAAUACAGUUUGAAUGCUCAACAGUGGUAGCCCGAAUGCGUGACAUUGAAAUCAUACUCCAGAAAAACAAAACAAUACUGAACAGUGUACGAGAUGAGAAGCUUUUGAAAUACUCUGCAGUAGCUACUCUAGAGGAUAGUGGUGAAUACCUGUGUAAGGUGGAGCAAGGGAGAGCCUCUAAAACCACCAAGCUGAACAUUGUUGUGGCAGAGUUAUUCCCCAAGCCAGUAUUGAGUGCUUCUGCAGUUAAGCUGGAUGAAAAUAAGGAAUUAACCUUGAGUUGCAGCAUAAGUGGUUUUCGGAAAGCUAAUUUCUCUAUAUUAAGGAAAAAUUCAAGUGGAGACAUCUGGUUGAAAAAUUUUAGGAACUUAACGAUGAAAGUUCACGUGAAUGAUACUGGCUCUUAUAUCUGUAAAGCUGAAGUAAAAGGAAUAGUCAAGGAGAGCAAACCUGUAAAGAUAAAUGUUUAUGCUCCAGUCUCCAAGCCAACUCUUUCUGUUGUCAGUGGUUUACCAGAGGUAGUGUUAGGGAAGCCUCUACAGUUGAUCUGUCGUUCUGUGAUGGGAACACCGCCAAUAACAUUCACGUUCUACAAAGGAAACGAAGUUAAGAAAACAGUAGUUAAUGACACAUAUGCAACGUUCUGGGAUGAAGAUAUUGGACAAAAUGACAAAGGAGGAUACAAAUGUGAUGCUAGAAAUAAUCACUCCAGUGGUAUGAAAACUAGUAAUGUUCUGAACAUCACAGUGAUAGUGCCAAUCAGGAAUGCAAGCUUGGGCAGUAAUCCUUAUGGGGAAGUAGAGGAUGGCAGUGAGACUGCUUUUCUCUGUUCUGUGAAAGAAGGAUCAUGGCCAAUUCACUUCAAGAUUUUUAGAAAAACUGAUCAUGAAGUCCUUUUAUAUGAAACAAGUGAGAAUGCAGACAGAAUCUUGUGGCGCAAGGAAGCAAUGAGCAGAGAGGACACGGGGACAUAUUACUGCAUGGCUUCUAAUCGAGCUAAUGUGCAUGUGAAGAGCCAUCCAAUAACCAUCAGUGUCAUCUUAGCGGCUUGGCAGAAAGGAGUCAUUGCUGCAUUUGUCCUAAUACCUAUUGCAGGAGCAAUAGCUCUCGCUUUAUGGUGGUUUUUGUUUAAGAAGAAAACGGCUAAAAGACCAUCCGUGGAGAUGUCUGGAUCUGCCUUGGCUGCAAACCUGACAAGUGAAAAACUGACAAGACAGAACAAUGAUGGGGACUAUUAUUCUGGAUCAGGUUACAUUGAAGAUGGUGAAAAUCACAUGAAAUCAACAGAUGAAAAUAAAGGACCUGACCUUGAGAGUGCUGAGGUGGAGUACACUGAAGUUGAAGUAUCGACGCUCGAUCCUCACAGAGCUCCUGUACAGAAGGGGACUGAAACAGUUUAUAGUGAAAUCAGAAAAGCUAAUAAUGAUUCUGUGGAAAGCAGGCAUUCUAGAAUACAAGGGCCUCGUGAUGCUACUUAGAACAGCCAUCUCAAACAUCGACUGGGGGAAGAAAGCAAACCAAGAUGGAAGAUGUUGCAGCUGUUUCAAAAGCUCUGUUUAUGAGUUUGCCAGGCUUUUCUUUUCAAAGUUUAUUUCCUCAGGGGUGUCCAUAGAGAUGUUCCUAAAACAUUUAAUGGGAAAAAAUUACAAAUAAAAAUUCUCAUAGGAAAGUGGCUCUGGAAACCGCUGACCUAGCUUCCCAUCUUUAAUUUCUCCUGCUAAUGCAAUUUUGUCUCUCUAGUCUCCAAUUGAUCAUGCUCUGAGGAAAUAGAAGGGGAAGCCACAGCUGAUGAAGUACAUUUCUACAGUGCAGUGACUACUGUGAUGCCUAGAUAUCUAAGCUUGCUUUAAACUAGUUAAUUUGGUUAUCAGUAACACACUACUGUGGCAGAACAGAGCUCAGCACAGCCUGGCCAGCCAUGUAUGUGCUCUGACAAGAUCUUGCAGCUUGUGCUGAGCUCCCUGUGCUGCAGCAGCUGGACUGCUACAAGUCUUGGAGCCAGCUAAUUUAUAGCUAGCUUGGAUGUUACACUGCAAUGGCAGGUCUAAUGGAAGAGCAAACUGGGAUCUCUAAAAACUUGAAUAACUAUUCAGAGAUUCAGUGCUUUACCAAGUGCUUCUAUCAGUAGGGGCACAAAUAUUCCUUGUUCUUUGCUGAAUUGCUUUUCCUCUCUAAAAGUUCUAAUGCUUUUUGGUUGUUUUUUGUGAUGGCUCUUCAAGGAAUACUUGCCCAUCACAGUUAUUUUGGAUGAUGCAAAAUAUAGGUCUUUGGUGGCUGGAUAUACAACACUCAGGUCAAUGAGUUUGUGCCUGAAAAUCCUGUUACAUAUAAUCCUUAUUCAUUUGAUUUUAGGAGAGAUCUGCAGUUGUACUUACGUUUCAUAUCUAUCCUUUUUCUCUAUAGUAUGGUAAACCACUAUCGUGGCUUUUGAAGAUCACAUUCAAUCCAAAACAAUUGCUGGAAUCCUAUUUCAAAUUAGGGUUUCGGUAAAACCCUGGCUCUAAACUUCGGGCUAGCCUGGAUCCAGUUCUGGACUUGGAUCUCAUCAUGUUUAUCUCAGUUGCAUUAGUUUUAAGAAAAUAGAAAAAUAAAAAGUGCUGCCCCCAACCCUUCAACCCAUUGAUCGCUGACAUUGCAAUUGCUCUCUUUUUCUUACUGUAGAUUAAAUUACUACAAGAUCUGGGCUACAGGUAAGAAGGUUCUCAUUUUAAUUAGCAAAUAAUGGAAGAGAAGACAUGGAUUUGUAUAUACAUAUAUAGUUACUGCUUUAUGCAUUGCAUCAAAGGCGCAAAAACAGCAAGAAGUACAAAAGGGUUUUAUAUCCUCAUUCCAAACACAUUUACAUUUUCUGGUGUCAGUUACUGGCUAGUAUCUCUUUAAUUUAUUGUUCCCUAUGAAAAUGUUUGUAUCAUAAACCUUUCACAACUUACUUCACAGCACUCUUCUGUUGGCAAAUGUUCACUCUAGCAUCCCACCAGUGUCCAUACAAAUUUGUUACUAUAGGGAAUGUGAAAAGGCAUUUUAAUAAAUAAAUCUUUGAAUUGAA